AUGUACCCGAUCAUGCCUCUUAUCAGACCAUCUACUCUAGUCGAAUGGCUAAAUCGACCGACGGAACCACAUGAGCAAACUAUGUUAUUUGCUCUAUGCGCACUGGUUACCGCGUUUAUGUGUGGUCGCAGCGAAUCCAUUAUCGGGUGCGGAGAAUGGGCAAUGGUCGCGCGGAGGUUCAUAGAAAAGAGCCACUCCGUGCGGUCGGAAUAUAACUUCAUAGAGGAUAGCACUCCUUUAACGCUUCUCGCAUCAUUCUUUGUCGCAGUUACGCACUUUGAAUUGCAUGAUGCUCGGCAAAGUUGGUUUUACCUCCGCGAAGCUAUAACCCUGGCGCAGGUGCUGGGCUUGCAUACGAACGACUUCUACCGGGACAUGGAUUAUGUCAGCGCCCUGUACUGCCGUCGAAUCUACAACAUUCUGUUCGUCACGGAGAGAUCUUUAGCGGUAGCAAGACAUAAACCGGUCCUUCUACCUCGCCCGUUACUUCUUCCUGCUCCCGGGCCGAACGAUCAGGUAGAGGGUCUGGAAGAACAGCCGGAAAUUGACCUCGGAUUUCGCCUGCUUGUUCACGUUUAUUCGCAGAUCGAUGUCAACUUUUUGGACUUCUGGAGCGAAACGGGGGCAAUCGGCUCUACCCAUUCGACAUGGGACCCUUUUUGCUCAGAAUUGCUCCCGGACUGCGGCGCGAUACCUGACACACAGAAAGCUGAUAUUCUUGUGACACAGCACUGGCUUGACCUGAUGCUAUGGAGAGCGGCCCUUCAGCAGGGGUUACUUACUAAUAAGGCUGGAUCACGGUCUAGGACGUUUUCAUAUCCAGAGGAAAUUGCGCUAUCCUUGCUACAGACAUUAACAUCAAUUUCUAAAGAGUCAGUGGAGGUACAUGGACUGGGCAUUGUGCGUCUUACGACCUAUUCCUACAUUGGCUUGAGCUAA